AAAACCUUUCGGCUGUGUUAGUUAGGCAGCUCAGUGUAGUCAGACGCUGGUGUGUGUGUCACGACUUCUGGACAUCGUUUUUUCAUAUAUAUAUAUAUAGUAUAACAUAUAUUAGAUUAUGACCCAGGUGUUUCAGUGACGGUUGACAAAGUUAAGCAUGAGUGUACGUCAGGUGAAAACAUGUGGGCAGCUGGUGCGAAGGGUGGUGGGCUGCGGGCGUGGGUUCAGCAGGUGGGCGGCGGCAUCACAGUUACCUACGGCAGAUGGUGUUCCUCCUCCAACACACACCUCCUUCAGACUUGAUCAAAAGACUUACAGCACUGUACCACAACAAAGGCCUGACUGGAACCGAGCUGUUAGUGAUGCAGAGAAGAUUGUUGGCUAUCCGACUUCCUACUUGACCUUGCGUUCCCUUUUGUCUGAUGAGAUGUCCAAUAUUGCUGUUCACAUGAGAAAACUGGUUGGUUCUUCCCAUCCACUGCUGAAGACUGCGAAGCGUCUGAUCUACAAUGGGCGCAACAACAUGCAGACACGUGGGCUUAUUGUUUUACUCAUCUCCAAGGCUGCUGGACACCUCAACCCAGAGGAACUUGAGCAAGAUCAACCAGCAGGUGUCUCAAUUGGUCAGCGGAGUUUAGCGGAGAUCACAGAAAUGAUUCACACAGCUCACUUGAUCCAUAAGGGAGUCGUCAACCUCUCGCCAACGGUGUUUGAUGGCACUACACUGCAGGAUAUGGAGUUUGGGAACAAGAUUGCUAUCCUAUCUGGUGAUUACCUCUUAGCCAAUGCCUGUACUGGCCUGGCUACUCUCAGAAACACUAUGGUUGUGGAACUCAUCAGUACAGCCAUCAGUGACUUCAUGGAAGCUGAAUUUAUUGGAGAACGGGAUAAUCAGGGUAACCCAGUUCCUGAUGUCACUAUCACCAUGAGGGACUGGGAGGAGAAGAACUUUUUAGCUGCAGGUAGCUUGAUGGCCAAGUCAUGUCAAGCAACUUUGGUGCUAGCUGGUCAUACCGACGAAAUGCAACGGAAGGGUUUUGAAUUUGGGAAAGAGAUCGCCCUUGCAUGGCAGGCCUACAGUGACCUACAACCCUUUACUGACCUGUACCGUCAUCCCCCGGGGACAGCCAUUGACCUGACCUCGGCUCCUGUCAUCUUGCACUUGCAACAUGACCUCUCUAUAUUGGAUCUUGUUGCAGCUGCUGGAGACUCGAUGGAAAACUGUGAUUUCAAAAAGAUUCAUAACAUGAUAAUGGCAGGGACAGGUGUUGAAGAAGCCAAGGACCUCUGUCAAUCACAUGCUCAGGCAGCUCUCAAUGUUCUACAAGAGGUGUUUGAACCCUCAGAUGCCCGAACUGCCCUUGAAAAUAUUAUUAAUGCACUCCGGAUCUACUAGAUAUAAAGUGAAGUUACUAUAAAACCAUUAUGUAAGAGAGGCAAAUAUAUAUAUAUAUAUAUAUAUAUAUAUAUAUAUAUAUAUAUAUAUAUAUAUAUAUAUAUAUAUAUAUAUUAUGAUGCGUGACCUAAAGCAGGGGCGUAAGUGCCAAUCUGAUAUUUUAAAAUAUCGGCAAUUAAAGAUUACACGUGUGUGACCCCUGGCAUAGAAGAGUUGCAGGUGGUCAGCCUUGUGGAGAGAGGCUUUCUGCAGAUUGUAGUUACCUGGUUUCCAAAAAUUAUCACUUAUCAUUAAGAUGCCUUCUCCAUUCUUCUCAAAACAUCACUACAAGUGGCCCCCACAUGUACUAUGGUGUAAGUUAUGAGUACAGUAAAUGUACACCAAUUGACAGAGAAUU